AUGGAGAACAUGAUGCAGGGCAAUAAGAUCAGACGAGUUGCAGCUACUCGCAUGAAUGAGAGGUCAUCUCGAUCACACACGAUUUUCCGGAUUAUUCUGGAGUCGAAAGAUGCCAAUCAGAAAGAUGGACCUGUACAUAUAAGCUACCUUAACUUAAUGGACUUAGCUGGUUCUGAGAGAGUUUCUCUGACGAAAGCUGCUGGUGAGCGUCUUAAAGAGGGGGCUAACAUAAACAAAUCUUUGUCAGUAUUAGGAAAUGUGAUAAGGCAACUAAGCGAGGGGAAGGAGUUUAUCAGUUAUCGCGAUUCGAAAUUGACUAGACUGCUCUCACAGGCUCUUGGCGGUAAUGCCAAAUCAUUGAUUAUCGGGAAUGUUACUUUAGCUGCAGAGGAGGAGACUAGAUCUACACCAGAAUUCGCCCAAAGCACUAAAACUGUCAAAAAUAAAACGAAAGUAAACAUCUUGUCAGCUACAGAAGAGACACUUCAAGGAUAUCAGAACUUGACUCGCGAUCUCGAAACUCGGCUCAAAAAGCAGGCAAUUAAGCUAAAAGAGAUGGAUAAAAGCAAACAAGAGUAUCUGCUCGAGAUAGAAAGACUAAAAACGGAAGUAUCUAUUGUCGGGCGCUUUCAAAUGGGAGCCUCGGCAUCAACACCGAAAAAAACAUUAAGACGUCAUACUUUUGGACACUAUGGCAACGUAUCACCUAAAAAGCAUCCCUAG